CUCGUGGUACCUUCGGCGGGUUUCUUCAGGCGCAGCGUGUGUGUGUGCGCGCGCUGGCUGCUUCAUAUUGUAAGAGGCGGGGACUGUUUGUGCCGCCGUUGCUCUUCUUCGCACACAGCUGCAACAUCAUCAUCAGGCAGAGAAGGAUGAAGAGUGUGGUGGUGACGGCGGCGGCGCGAAUUCCGCCAGCCGAUUCGGCGUGCCUCCAUCGCGCUGCGCUGAGUCAUCCCAGUGGAAGAAUGAGAUUAUCUGCAUAGAAACCAGUAUUUCUUUCAACCUGACCAAUGAUCAACAAUUGUUUGGGGAAACCAGCAGAAAAGGAGAAGAAGUUUUUACUGACUAUGGGGUUUAGUGGGCAAAGCUGAGAGAGACCAUGCUAAGGACUCCCUGAAAGUGUCAGCUGCAAACAGAAGAGGCAAAUGUGAAGACACACAUUGAACAUUUGGAAUGUUUUCUAUCAGGUAGCAUCAAGGAGGGAGAGGCCACCCUAGCCUCAAGUGGUCCUGUGCAAGAUAUAAGAGCAAUCUCAGCUUUUGACAUGAAGAAAGAUAUAGAUGUCUUAAUAGCAGAGGAAAGAGCAGAAAUCAUUGCUAAGUAUGAGAAGGGGAGGCAGGAAGGUGCUCAGAUCGAUCCAUGGGAGGAUGCUGACUUUACUCUCUACAAAGUCACUGAUAGAUUUGGGUUCUUGCAUGAGCAUGAGCUACCGAUCCGCAGUGCUCUGGAGGAGAAGCAAAAGCUUCAGGAGAUUGAACGAGUGGACAAAUGGCUGAAGAUGUUAAGAAAAUGGGGAAAAUACAGAAACAGUGAAAAGAUGUUCCGUAGAGUUUAUAAGGGGAUUCCCCUCCAGGUGCGAGGCCAGGUCUGGUCACUCCUGCUGGACAUUGAAAACAUUAAGAUGGAAAAUGAAGGAAAGUAUGAGAAAAUGAAAGAACAAGCCAAGAGUUUCUCAUCAGAAAUAAAGCAGAUAGACCUGGAUGUCAAUCGCACUUUUCGAAACCACAUCAUGUUCCGGGAUCGCUAUGGAGUAAAGCAACAAGCUUUGUUCCAUGUCCUGUCGGCGUACUCAGUUUACAACACGGAAGUGAGUUACUGCCAAGGAAUGAGUCAGAUUGCCGCUAUCCUCCUGAUGUAUUUAAAUGAAGAGGAUGCCUUUUGGGCACUGGCACAACUACUUAACAAUCAGAGGCAUGCAAUGCAUGGGUUUUUCAUUCCUGGGUUCCCAAAGCUGCAGAGAUUCCAAGCUCAUCAUGAGGCAAUCUUAAACAAAGUUUUCCCAAAGCUGAAGAAGCACAUGGACAAGGAGCAGAUGUCUACAGGGAUUUAUACAACGAAGUGGUUCCUUCAGUGCUUCAUUGACCGGACUCCAUUUACUCUAACCCUAAGGCUAUGGGAUAUCUACAUUCUGGAAGGAGAGAAAGUUCUGACAGCCAUGGCCUACACUAUCCUCAAGUUGCAUAAAAAGCGAUUGUUGAAAAUGACCCUGGAAGAUCUAAGAGAAUUCCUGCAGGAAAGGAUAGCUGCUUCCUUGCAGUUUGAAGAUGAUAUUGUAAUUGAGCAAUUGCAAGCAUCCAUGGCUGAAUUGCGCAAAAUGAAAUUUGAACUCCCACCGCCAGCAAAAUCUGAAGAAUUCCCCAAGAAACCUCUGGGGCUGGAGCUGUCUCUCAACAUGGUGACUGUGAAGCCUACUGUUGCAGCUAACGGCCAGAAAAAGGCUGUCUGCGACCUCAACCAUGACAAAGAUGUUGUAAUGCCACCUUCUCCAGAUAAAGGUCCUUCUCACCUUGAUGAAACUUUUGGUCAUUCAGAAAAGGCAAUACAUGAGACAGGCUCUUUUCCACAACCCAAUGGACCACCUGUCGAAGCUGAAGCAGCUGACAGGAACCAAAAUGAAUUCCAGAAUCAUCAUCAGCCAAGCCAAAAAUAUGACAUGGAAGACAAACAAGUGGAAGAAAAUGCCAAUAAAAUCCCAUCCGAAAAUGAUCCUAUAAUACUGGAUGAGAUUCAGGUUAUUGGGGAAAGUCAAGAUGUGCUUACAACCACUAAAGUGGCUGAUUCAUUAGAGAACAGCAGCACAGAGAAGUGUAGUUUACAGGAAAAUAAUCCCUGCCUUUUUAUAGAUGAUAUGGACCAUGUUGCUCCUCAGCUGCUGCAAGCUGAGACACUUGGCAUGUCAAUGGAAAACUCUCUCUGGGAGGAAUCUCACUUGCAGAGCCAAACCCUAGAAGCAGACCCAUCUACCAGCCACAAUAGUACGACACCAUUAUCUGAGUCAGAGACAUUCUGUCAAGUGCCAUUGCUUCCAUCCAUUGAAGAGCAAGGGACUCUGGAAUCGGCAUCAUCGCUGCAAAAUGCAACAGCUCUUCAAGAUGGGAGCACCACCUGCUCCUCUGAGGAUUUAUUAUCUGAAGAUGCUGCACUGCUUCUAGAUCACGUGGACCAGCCUCCAAGUACAGACUCGUCUUGUACAGCAGGGGAUAACCAGUCCACAACGUGUGACUUCUUAGAAAGCAUAACCACUCCAUGUACAGUCAAAACACAUGCUGUUCUCCCUCUCGCAUUUCAGGAUGGACGGCGACCUUCUAACACAUCUCAAUAUGAUAACUUGUCUGAAGGUGAGGAAGGAGAAGAGAAAUCUCCCAUACAGGUGCCCAGUUCUAAGAAACUGGCAGGUUUGAUACCACAGACUGAGCUGUGUGCUCCAGUGUUCAAGUGUACAGUGCCCAAGUCUGCAUCAGUUGGUGAGAUAGAAAAUUUACAGAGGCAGUCUUGGGAAAUGGUAGAUUUGAUGCAACAGGCAAAAGGACUGGACCAGCCCAGUUCAUUGGCCACACUAUCUCAUCACAAGAACCACUCUGCCAGGGGCAGUGUGCCAGUCUUAUCUGACCUGGACUGUGAUGUGCUGUUGCUAUUGGAAGGCUUCCAUGCCCGGCCAACUUCAUCCCCAAUGUUACAGGAACAGCACAGCCCCUUUAGAAUAGUAAAGACCACUACCCCUCUCCACAUGGCUCAUGCUACUGAGCAAGACUUCUCAAGUAAAAAGCAAGUGGCUCUGCCUUUGCCAGAGGCCAGCUAUCAUGAUGCAGGUGAUGGCUGCAAAUUUACUCCUGUAGCUCUAGAACCUGAGGGUGGGGCUGCCAGUGACCGUGAUCAGGAGUCUCUGAACACUUUGAGUGGUUCACCUGCCCUUCAAAGGCCAAAGCCAAAAGUUCCACCCAAGGUUUUCAAAAGUCAUUCAGAUAACAGUUUCUAUCCAGGCUGCCCUCCUGUGGUGCAGAUGUCUAAGUCAGUCACAUUCUAGUAAAGCUGAGAAAAAGAAGAUAAAGCACUUAUUCAUGAGAGCCUUCGAACAUAAGGAGGCAAUUGCAUUGCCAAGAAUUCAGGAUGGGGCUUAGAAUAUAGGCCGGUCUUCAAUAGACAAUGGCUGUAGAUGGAUUCUUUACAAAUUUAGGUUUUCCUCUUCAGACAGCUCCCAAAGUGCUUUUCCGUCUGGCUUUUCAUAUCUUCUCCUUCACAAGUGGAUCUACAGAUUUACCUGGCAAAAUCAUUUGAACUAUUUCUUUCCAAACCCUUACAGCUGAAAACUUAAGAUGAACAUUAAAACAGCAGUGAGAUGAAAGAAGUUGUUUCAGCAAGCAGGUCAGCUGUAGGUUUGGGCCAGUAGCACAUUUUUUAGUAGCAAUAGUGGUGUGACUCUUCUAUUUUAGUCUGGCAGCCAAUAUAAUCCUGUAAAGGAGUCUAUGGAUGAUUCAUACCAGGAAUGUUAGCUUUUAUACCAUCUAUGCAAUAUCCAGCACAGAUUGUUCAUGUGUGUCUUCUCUUUCAGUGAAAUCUUAGUUGUGUAGCUCCCUCUCUUGUUUGCACUGAUGAGGUUUCUUAAAGAUUAAUAGAAUUUUCCAUGCAGAGGAAUGCUUUUUCAUUUACUUGAACUAGGUGGUGUGCUACACGCAGAUAGCAAGGGUAGUUUCUGAAAGGAGCCACGGUGGUGGUAUAGAUUUCAUUACAUUUACCAGAAGAGUUGUCCCAUUGUGCUAAAUCCCAAGUUCCCUAGUGGUGUAUGAGUGUGUUCAUCUCCUUGGACCACUUGCAUACACUAAGAGAGAUGGAUGUAGCAACAAAGAGCUCUUCAACCAUCUCUGAGUGUCUUUUUUUUCUUGAGUAGAUGCUGGAAGUGAGCUGGCUCACCACCCUGCAGGUGACUCAGAGGUUUCCAUAGUGAGGGGCUAUGCACUUGUCCAAAAACUAGAAUUGCCCUGGCUGUUGUUAAACUGUAGUUAACAGACCACAAGAGUAUCAUGAGAUUAAUAGUAAAUUCCCACUCCAGCCUUGUGGAAAGCAUGUUGGAGAUAAUAGGAAAGAUAUCUGACGUUCAGUCCUUUUGAAUGUUUACACAGAUAUAGGCCCACUGAGUCACUGGGGCUCAAGCCCAACUAAGUGUGCAUAGGAUUGUAGCCUUUAUUUUCCUAGAGCCUUGAUGCCAUUAUUUGUUUAUAUCAAAAUGCACAAUGGCCAAGACGGAAAGUACACCUUUAGAAGAUAGCCUUUCCAAGGAACAUAAGAUGUGCUUUUAAAAAAACCAGAUACUGCUAAAAACCUAACUUUUAAAAGGAAAUUACCAAGGUCUGUUUCUUCAAAUAAAAGUGUAUAGCUAUUGGAACUCCUCUACCCCGGCCCAACUUGAACAGAACACCCAGUCUUCUAUCCAGAGCUGUUAUCUACCAGUGUUUCCACCCACUUUUUAACAGAUUGUCAAAUAUCCUCCCCAGAAGUAAAGAAAUGCCUCCUUAAAGAGAUGACUGCUUUGAAAUCAGUCUAGAUAACUCAUAGGCACUCAUUUGAGGUCAAACUGAGUGUUUUUAAAUAUUUUUAUCUAGACAUGUGAGAGCUAAACAAACAGUCUGCAGAAGGCAAUCUUUCCUUCAUUAACCGCAGGGAGAGGCUGCACGUAUAAUACUAGGAACCAGGAAUUCUUUUAAUGUCACAUUAGCUUCAUUUAUGGUCCUAGGGAAGUUUGCAUAACUUGUCUGCCUUGUCCCUUGCUGAGAUGGAGGAAGAGGGAAUAAUAAUCCUUAAUCCUUACCUCACAGGGGUGUUGUGAGCACUAAUGAGUAGUUAAUUCUUGCAGUGCUCUUGGAGGAAGAGAAAAAGGGCCAUCAUUGCUAAAUGGUGGUGGUCUAAACCCCCUACAAGGAAGGACGAUUGUGCUUGUGCGGAAUUUUGUGUCAUUUCCCUAACUGUUGCACAAUUCUUGAAAAAGUGCAGAAAACUGCAGUAGUUGAAGGUAAGCUUAAUAGGAGCAAGGAGAUGGGAUCCCAUUUUGUCAAAUAUAUAUUUAUUCUGCCAGCCUGAUCUUCCAGUUCCUAUAUCCAAUCUAUCUAAUACCUGUAUCUAUCUAUAUUUGUAUCUCCUUUAUCUACGGUAGGAUCAGAAUUACUAAGGUAAUAAUGCAAUACAUUAGUGUUAAAGGUGCUUAUCUAGAAACAUUUCAUAGCUGUUAAAUGCACAUCCCAAUAAACACCUACAUGCCUUGAACCUGUGACACACAUUUUCCCAUUAAAAGAAUUGCUAAUGGACAAUAAAUAUCAAGCAAUUGUAGUAGGUGAGCUAUCUUAAAGGAAAAGAGGGAUCCCAGGCCCCUGAUAAGCCUUACAGCAUUGCACAGCAUAACUUUAAACCUUCAGUUGCAGUGAAAAACUCUUCACUAGUGGAAACAGCAGACCUUGCUCCCCCUAGAUUUUUGACUACCAGACAGUAUAAAGAGCAGGAUUGUGGCCGAUUAAAGCUCAGAUUGAUUUUUAAAAAUUGUUAAUGCAUGUAUUCCUCUAAUGUUUCACACUUCCUUGUUACAACUCCCAACUUUAAUAUAUUGUCGUCUUAAAUUCCUAGAGCUCAGAAUGGAAGUGUCUGAGCAUCACCAUAGCUGGUAUGCAUGUGUCUUUAUAUCAAGCAGCAGAACCAAUUUGGCUGGCUUUGUGUUGUUGCUGCUCUUCCUGCUCUUCGUGCAGAUGUCUAUUACAGAGGCCCAAAGAACUGUGCAGGAUUCAAGGGACAUAUCAAAACAAGAUAAAUUGUAAUAGAGCAGGCUGUGGACCAUAUAUAAUCUAGGAACUAAUCGGUCUCCCUCAACCUAUUUGCUUGCCAGCUGUCUUUUGGAGCUGUUCCUUUUCUCUUGGUCUAACCUGCCCCCCAACACAUACACAGUCUGUCUAGUCAAAACUGGUGGUAAUGAAAUGCCACUUUAAGGGGCUUUCUUAAGACUCUUGGGUUGCCUUUUCCUCCUUGAGUGCUGUACUCCCUCAAGUCCUCCUGCACACUGCAGAAGGUGAAGAGCAUAGUGAUUGGGUGGUUGGAGACAGCAGUCCCUUUGUUUGCUGGGGGUUUUUAAAGCUGCAUGGCUAUGCUCUUCUGCAGAAAUGCAAGAUAGCAUUCAACCAGUACAGGGAAUUGAGGAUUUUUUUAAAAAAGCCACUUGCACCAUUAUAAUUCAUGUCACAGGCCCUAUCCAUUAUGUAUCUGCAGCUACCACUUUCCACACAAUUGCCUUGGUAUUGAUUGCAUUUGCUGACCAGAACCACAUUUUCAGAGCAACAGAAUGUCGAGAUUCAAAUGCUCAGAAAAUGUGAUGUCUCCACAACAGAAAUGCUGCCUUAAAGGGAAAUGUUUGCAUCCUCAAUAGAACAAAAAAGAGUAACAUUGCACAUAUUGCUCACUAAACUGACCAUCCAGGCAGGCUUUCAAUUUCUCCUUCCAUGGGAUAUUGGCUAGAGUAUAAAUUUGAUUUAAGGCUAAAGAAACUCUAAGAACUAAAGUAUUUUUUGUCCGAUUUGCUGUGGCACAUUGAACCAACAAGGACAAGUCAUUUAUCUCCAUGCAAUUAAUAAAAAGUGCAGGAUUCUUUGGUAGGUUAGUCCCCUUCAAGGCACAACAAAAUCCCAGAAGUAUCUGCCUACGGAAUUUUAUUUAAGCAACAUGUGUUUUUAAAGGGAAAAACCCAAGAGAGGGGCAGCCUUGGAAUUACCUUCUCAAGGCAUGGCACUUCCUCUGUAAUGCUGAUCAAGCCACUAACUUGAGCAACCAAGAGAUCACUGCAGAAAUGUAAAGUUGCAGCAGACAUUAUCCCAGUAACCUUACAUAUCGUUAACAUCUGAUCAGCUCUGUGGUCCUAGCCAAAGUUAGAUGCUGCCUAGAGGAUGAGACAGGAUAUCUACAUAUUUUGUACACGCUUUAGAGGUGUAACUGUCUUAUUAACAUUAGAAAUGAAACAUUUGUCACAUUGCAUAUUGUACUUUGAAAAGGCAUCCAGUUGUCCAGGUUCUAGUAAAACUUGAAUGACAUAGUAACUAGGAUUAGAUGCAUUUAAAAUGUAGAUUUUCCCUAGCAGUACAGCCUCCCAAAUAAAAUGGAAAAACAAUGCCUGCUACCCAGUAUAGUCAUGUUAAAGCCCAGGUGGAAGUAUUAUCUAUAUGCAGUUGUCUAAAUCUUUGGGGCGGGGCUUUGUUGCCAAGCCCACACAAACACCUUUCUCCACCAGAGAUCUGUUCCAAGGCUAGUUUCGAAGCUGCUGUUUCAAAUGGAAGAGUGGAGAGGAGGGUGGAGGGUUUCCCAUGCUACUUUUAUUUCCCCCAGGAAUCCCCUUAAGUCUGACCAACAUCUCCCUGGGAAAUGGUACUGGGACCAAGGGUUGUAUUCAGCUAAGUCAUACACAGAGUAGACCCAAUGAAAUUAAUGACCCUAAGUUAGUCAUGUCCAGUGGAUCUAUUCUGAGUAGGGCUAGCAUGGAAUACUGCCUCCAAAUCAAAAGUGAGAGGAGAAAAUCCAAGUUACAAGAAGCAUGAGAGGGCCUACCUUGGCACGCACACACUUGAAAUUCUCCACCUUAAAUGUUUGCUCAGUGUAACAUAGCAAAACUUAAGUGGUUUUCUAACAGCCCGACUGAAUACCCUUAUGAAAGACUUGUGAGCCAUUAUGAACUCUAACAUGGACCAGAGUGCUAAAAAGUCAGUUGGGAUGUUUGCAGAGUAGGAACCACCCUGGGCUCCUACUAGGAAGGGCGGGAUAUAAAUCAGAUAAAUAAAUAAAUAAAUAAAUAGGGUUAAAGCAAUGUGAGAGAGUAAAAUAGACUGAAUAGGAUGCAAGUAGUACUGUGUAUUUUAUUGGAAAGGUAGUUGUUUUAAGUGAAGGUAUUUCACGGGAAUUCUACAAAACAAUGUCUUGCUUUUCAGGUUCUCUCAUAUGGAGACCACUCAUAAGUAACUGGGAAAGGAGCCUUUUGUUCAGCAUUCUACCAACAUUAGACAUUUGUUCUAACAACACCCUUGUACAAAUCCAUAUGUAGGAAGCUGCUUGUAUUUGUUUGGAUUUCAACAGUGUCUAGUUUAGGCUCUAUUUUUACAUAACAUUUCAGAAGGUUAACAUUUCCCACUUUUGGACAGUGAUGAAUUUACCACCUCCAGUUGAGACAUAAUGAGCAGUGUGUGGUGUGGUGUUGACACCAUUACUUCCUAUUCCAGUUUAACACUGCUAUACGAGUAUGCCUACUCUAAGUCAAAACAAGGCAAGUACAAUAUCUGCCUUGAAAAUAACGUGUGAGCUUGGAGGGGACUGUAGAGUUUUUAGUGCAAAGAAACCUGCCCAUGCAGGUAGACGAAUAACAAUUCGACCCCUUCAGCAAAUGAGUGGCUCCUAGAGCCUUCCUAAGAAACGGAGCCAGUAUUACUUCAGGAACUCAGGAAAAUAACUCCCCUGCCCAAUCCUCAAAUGGGGCGUGUGUAGCUACGUAUUUCGUUUUAAAGUUCAGUGUUAAUUAGGAGUUGGAUCAGAUCCAACCCUUUGAGCAGAAACAGUACAGCUAUGUGGCAGGAAUUCAGCAUGGAGGUUCUGGAAACUCUCCCACUGUUGAAACUUGUAACCUCUGCAGUUCAGUAGAUUGAUCUUUUUGUGCACUUUGAUAGCUCUGCUGCCAUUGUCUUUUUUUUAAAAAUUACAUUUUAACUGCAAUUUUUGUUUACACUUCUGAGAGCUUCCUCUGUGUAUUGUAUUAUUGCUUUCAUGCAUUUUUAUGUACAUGCUUGGGGUGGGUGGGUGAAAGAGUAGGGAGGGUAAAGCAAAAAUCCUUUUUUUAUUCUUAUCCAAACGAACUGUACAUAGUGUUCAAAUGCUGUGUUUUACAUGGUUGUAAUAACAGUUAAACUUUAGCACAAA